UGGAAAAUGACCGGCUUAGCCGGUCUCAUCAACACCUCUUUCCCCUCGGAAGUUGUGAGAGAGAGAGGGAGAGUCGUCCAUUUCAGCAUUCUCACACUCCCAACGGCUUUUCUAUCCUGCCCCCAAUGACAGUAUCUCAUUCUCUCUCUAAGACUCUCAUUCUCUCUCUAAAACGCUCCUUCAAGUGGAAGAGACAGGGGAGCAACCUCAUUUGGACCAACAAGGUGGUUUUGAAGUCAGCCCAAUCUUUAUCUCCAUUUUCUCUUUCUGACAGGGUGUAUGGUUCCGUGAUUUUUGUUGUGUUGGUGAGAUGGGUGUUUUAGAGUACUACUGCGUGGUUAUGUUUGUUGUUAUGGGGUUUUGUUUACAAGCUCAGGCUCUGAAUUCUCAGAACCUGACAUGCAAUUCAAAUGAUCUCAAGGCAUUACAGGGUUUCUUGAAAGGUCUGGACUCAGAAAUUGUUGGCUGGGACAUCAAUUCAUCAGCCCCCAAUUGCUGUAAUUGGGAAGGAAUCACUUGCAAUUCCUCGACUUCUCUGGGAUUGAAUGAUGAUCCUGUGGACUCCGGUAGGGUGGUGAAGUUGGAUCUUGGAAAGCAGAGAUUAACGGGUGAGCUCUCCGAAUCAUUAGGCCAUUUGGACCAGCUCCGAACCCUCAAUCUCUCUCACAAUUUCCUCCGAGGCCCGCUUCCCGCGUUGCUCUUACAUUUGCCAAAAUUAGAGGUGAUAGACUUGAACAACAAUGAUUUUUCCAACCAGAUUCCGACGAAUAUCAGCCUGCCUUCAAUCCGACAUCUCGACAUGUCGGAUAAUUCUUUCAGUGGUUCGGUUCCUGUGGGUAUCUGUGACAACUCACCCCGAAUUCGGGGUAUCUAUGUUGCUAUGAAUUAUUUCCAUGGUCAUUUUCCACCAGGAUUUGGCAAUUGUAGUUCAUUAGAGCAUCUCUGCGUCGGUUCAAACUAUCUCACUGGUGGUAUACCAGAAGAUGUAUUUGGGCUACCAAAUUUGGAGCGAUUGAGUGUUCAGGAUAACAUGCUUUCCGGGGAGCUGAGCACGGGUAUUGGUAACCUUUCUCACCUUAUACGCUUGGAUAUAUCAUCAAAUGGGUUUUCAGGACUUAUACCAGAUGUUUUUCAUAAAUUUCUCAAGUUACAGUUUUUCUCAGCUCAAUCGAAUAAUUUCUAUGGGCACAUACCCUUUUCAUUGGCAAAUUCACAGACCCUUGAGUCUCUUAGUUUGAGAAACAAUUCUUUGGAGGGUCCAUUAGAUCUUAAUUGUUCGGCUAUGACUAAUCUGGUGUCUCUUGAUAUAGCUACUAAUCAGUUCUCGGGGCCUAUUCCUGGUAAUCUUUCCUUGUGUCCACGAUUGCAAACUUUAAAUCUUGCACGAAAUUACUUCACUGGCCAAAUACCAGAAAGCUUCAAGAACUUCCCGAGUCUCACAUACCUUUCCAUCUCUAAUUCCACUUCCAAAAUUUAUAACCUAUCAGCUGCCCUUCAAAUUCUACAGCAUUGUCCGAACCUAACUACUUUGGUUCUAACCAUGAAUUUCCAUGGUGAAGAAUUGCCCGCUGAUCCUGCUCUGCAGUUUACAAACCUGAAGGCUCUCAUUAUUGCCAAUUGUGGACUCACCGGUUUAGUCCCACAGUGGUUGAGUGGUAGCAAAAACUUGCAAUUGUUGGAUUUGUCAUGGAACUACUUGAGAGAAACUAUUCCAGUUUGGUUAGGUGAUUUUCAGUUCCUCUUUUACUUGGACUUAUCAAACAACUCUUUUACUGGGGAAAUUCCAAAAAGCCUAACUGGAUUACAGAGCCUCAUCUUCCGGAAUAUCUCGUUGGAAGAACCUUCCCCAGAUUUCCCCUUUUUUGUGAGACGGAAUGUAAGUGCUAGAGGUUUGCAGUAUAAUCAGCUCGAGAGCUUCCCGCCCACACUGGACCUCAGUGACAACUUUCUUACUGGACCAAUCUGGCCGGAGUUCGGGAAUCUAAAAAAGGUGCAUGUUUUUGAGCUGAAAUGCAAUAAUUUAUCAGGAAGCAUCCCUAGUAAUUUGUCAGGUAUGACAAGCCUAGAGUCACUGGAUUUGUCACAUAACCACCUGUCUGGAAUAAUUCCUUCUUCCUUGGAAAGUCUCAGCUUUCUGUCGAAGUUUAACAUUGCAUACAAUCAACUCAACGGGGUAAUCCCAUCAGGAGGUCAAUUUCCAACUUUUCCAAACUCAAGCUUUGAAGGGAACCUAGGUCUAUGUGGUGAGCAUGCUCUUCCAUGUCCAACUAGGGAUCCACCUCCUGGUGAAUCACAAAGCAACUCGAAGAGAAAGAGAGCUACUACCAUUGGAAUGGCUGUUGGGAUUGGAUUUGGAACAGCUUGUGUUCUUGCUAUUAUGUUCUUAAUUGUUCUGCGGGUAAGCAGCCGAAAGGAGGUGGAUCCUGAAAGAGAGGAGGUUGAUCCCUAUGAAAAGGCUUUGGAAGAAUGUGGGUCAAGAUUAGUGGUUCUUUUCCAAAACAAGGAGAACAAUAAAGAGCUCUCUCUGGAUGACCUGAUGAAAUCUACAGACAACUUUGAUCAAGCAAACAUAAUCGGCUGUGGGGGCUUCGGUCUGGUGUAUAAAGCUGCCCUCCCUGAUGGUAGGAAGGUUGCCAUCAAACGGCUCUCUGGUGAGUGUGGUCAGAUGGAGAGAGAAUUCCAAGCUGAAGUUGAAGCACUGUCAAGGGCUCAGCAUCCGAAUCUGGUCCUUCUUCAAGGGUAUUGUAUGUAUAAAAAUGAUAGGCUCUUAAUAUACUCUUACAUGGAGAAUGGUAGCUUGGAUUAUUGGUUACAUGAGAAACUUGACGGGCCUUCAUCACUAGAUUGGGAUAUAAGGCUCCAGAUUGCUCAGGGGGCAGCUAGAGGGCUUGCGUACUUGCAUCAAUCAUGUGAGCCUCAUAUCCUUCACCGUGAUAUUAAGUCAAGCAACAUCCUCCUAGAUGAGAAUUUUGAAGCUCACUUGGCUGAUUUUGGUCUUGCAAGGCUCAUACUUCCUUAUGACACCCAUGUCAGCACUGACCUUGUCGGGACAUUGGGUUAUAUCCCUCCUGAGUAUGGCCAAGCUUCUGUUGCUACUUAUAAGGGGGACGUGUAUAGUUUUGGGGUUGUUCUUUUGGAGCUCCUUACUGGCAAGAGGCCAAUGGAUAUGUGCAAACCGAAAGGAAGCCGAGAUCUGAUCUCUUGGGUGAUUCAAAUGAAAAAUGACAAAAGGGAAAGCGAAGUGUUUGAUCCAUUCAUAUAUGACAAGCUACAUGGCAAGGAAAUGUCACGAGUUCUUGAGAUCGCUUGUCUUUGCUUAAGCGAAUACCCUAAAGGAAGGCCUUCUACUCAGCAGCUAGUUUUUUGGCUUGACAACAUCAUCAAUGUCAACAUCUAGCUUUCUAAUGCAUCAGGCUAGAAUCACCUUGGAAGUCCAUUUUUUGAGAUGUUUCUAUUGUCACACGUAGGAGUGUGUGUCGUUGAGCAGAGGGAUUUGACAGAGCAACAAACAUAUACCUUGUAAGUUUUUACAUUUUCAACAUUACAUUCUUUGUUGCAUCAAAGAGAAAUGUUGGUUGUUAAACAUGUAUAAAGUAAAUUUCCUGAAUUUUCCUUUUAUGGGGUGGUAAAUAGUUGAUAACAGAAUAAGAUGGUUCAAUUUC